GAAGGACUCCUCCGCAUCCACAGCAGCAGCAACGGCGAGCAGCACGAACAACAUCCACGGAUGAUAACGUAACGUAGCCGCAACGUUGGAGCAACGCCACCUUCCACAUCCACUUCCACCGCAGCGGACAUCGCAAACAAUUUCGAUUUGCAGAUCAUCACUACAUCCACAACCGACAUGUCGGCGGCCCGCCUGCCCUACUAUCAGCGGGAUCAGGAGGACGGCCACCAGCGGCGCGCCGCACGCGGCCAUCAGCGCGGCUACUACGAGCGUGGCUCAUUUUCCGGAUCCUCCAGACGAGAGCACAGUCGCUACAGUCGCAGCCGUUCGCGUUCCCGCAGUCGCAGCCACUCCGCCGAACGCUUUGGCCAGCGUCGCCGCCACCAGAAGCGGCAGUCAUCCCGUUACCAUAGAGACCGCGACUCCAGAGAUCGUUCCAGAGAUCGUUCCAGAGAUCGCUCCAGAGAUCGCUCUAGGGAUCGAGAACGUGAUCGCGAUAGGGACCACUCAAGGCGCUCUAGCCACUAUCGACGCUCGGAAUCACCGUCCUCUUCUGACUUUGGCCAUGGAUCCAACAACAGCCGAAGAGGCCAACAUGCAUCGUCAUCCAGUAAAUCGGAGCUAAGCGCCGUACAGAAAGCAGCUGUUGCAGCAGCUGCCGCCACAAAUCAGGUCCAGUUGGCUGGCAAGAGCAGUGGCGCGUCCGCGGUGGGCGCCUACUACAACCUGGACACCGACGAGCCCUUUGACAAGGAGCGCAUCCACCGCGAGAUGGAGCAGAAGCUGCGCGAAGCACUGGCCAGGGAGGGCAAAGUGUAUCCGCCGCCAAAGCCGGAGCCACCAUCGCAUCCUGUCUUCGCCAACGACGGCUCGUUCAUGGAGCUGUUUAAGAAGAUGCAGGAGGGCCAAAAGCAACAAGCGACCAGCCAGUUAGUGCCGCCAGCGGUCAAGGAAGUCAUGCAGCAGCAGUUGGUCCCGCCGGAGACGGCCUCCACAGGGCCUGCACUGCCGGCCAUUGCAGUGGGAGCUGCCAGCAGUGCUGCGGCGCCGUACAUUGCUGCCGCGGCGGCCGGCAAGCUGGCGCCGCCGCCACCCAUCGUGGGACGACGUCGCGGCGGAAAGGUCCUCAAAACUGGCGUAGUGGCCAAGGUGAAGACGCCCAAUGAGAGCGACGUGGACCCGAAGGACUUCUGGUCGUUGUACCUGGCCGAGGUCAACAAGUACAAGAGCAACGCCUGCGAUACGGACAACGGCAAGCGGCCGCUGGUCAAGUAGUCGCCGAAAUAGUCGCGCUUUCCAUAGAAACAUGAACUUGAACGCAAAUAGAGCGAGAAACGUUAACUGUCCAGCCGCAGAUUCGAUUUCGAUUCGACCAAUACCCCUGUUCCGCAUUCCCGAGACACCAUCACCUAGCGAUCCCUUCCCGGCCCCUUUGAAAGUUUUGUACACGAAAAGCAGCGAACAGAGAUGCGUAGCUUAUAGUUUAAGUCGAGGGUGGGCUUAUGAGCUGCAAGCGCGAGCAGCGUAAUUUGUAUUUUUUUCACACGAAUCGAUAUAAUAUAAUAUAAUAUGAUAUAUACCGCUCAUUAAGCAACCGCAAACCGAA